GAGCGGUGGUGAGACUGCGAUGUAAUAACACGAAGUACGAGCUGGUGGAGCAAACCAGGACCGAUAAAAAUGGCUACUUUUUGUUCAUGCCUCUGAAGCUCACGACGAUGGCGUUUCACAAGUGCAGGGUUCACCUGGUGUCGUCCCCGAUGGGCAACUGCAGCGUCCCCACCAACUUCCACGGCGGGGUCUCCGGCGCAGCCCUUGUCCCCAGCCCUACACCGCCGGCUAAGCCUGUGCCUGUCCAGUUCUUCAACGUGGGGCCGUUCGCCUUCGAGCCUCACAAAAUUCUGCCAUGUCGUCACUAUUAG